CGGCGGAGGAGCCCGGGAGCCCGGCGCGCCCCCAGCAUGGUCACUCAGAUAAUCAGCACAAUGGAGACCCAAGUGUCCAACGGCCCCACGAGCAACAGCUCCCUCCCCAACGGGCCCCUGAUCAGCGCCAACGGGGCCACGGACGACUCCAAAACGAACCUCAUCGUCAACUACCUGCCCCAGAACAUGACCCAGGAGGAGUUCAAGAGCCUCUUCGGAAGCAUCGGGGAAAUCGAGUCCUGCAAACUGGUCCGGGACAAAAUCACAGGACAGAGUUUAGGCUACGGCUUCGUCAAUUACGUGGACCCCAAUGAUGCUGACAAAGCCAUCAACACCCUGAACGGACUCAAGCUCCAGACGAAAACAAUCAAGGUGUCUUAUGCCCGCCCCAGCUCGGCCUCCAUUCGUGAUGCCAACCUCUACGUCAGUGGCCUCCCCAAGACCAUGAGCCAGAAAGAGAUGGAGCAGCUGUUCUCGCAGUACGGGCGCAUCAUCACGUCCCGUAUCCUCGUCGAUCAGGUCACAGGCGUCUCCAGAGGGGUGGGCUUCAUCCGCUUCGACAAGAGGAUAGAAGCCGAGGAAGCCAUCAAGGGGCUGAACGGGCAGAAGCCGCUGGGUGCCAGCGAGCCCAUCACGGUCAAGUUUGCCAACAACCCCAGCCAAAAGACCGGCCAGGCGCUGCUCACCCACCUCUACCAGACCACCGCCCGACGGUACACCGGACCCCUGCACCACCAGACUCAGCGCUUCAGGCUCGACAAUUUGCUAAACAUGGCCUACGGCGUCAAGAGUCCUCUCUCCUUGAUCUCCAGGUUCUCCCCCAUAACGAUCGACAGCAUGACCAGCCUGGCGGGCGUCAACCUGACAGGGGCCUCCAGCGCGGGCUGGUGCAUCUUUGUGUACAACCUCUCUCCCGAGGCAGACGAGAGCGUCCUCUGGCAGCUCUUUGGCCCUUUUGGGGCCGUCACCAACGUCAAGGUGAUCCGCGACUUCACCACCAACAAGUGCAAGGGCUUUGGCUUUGUCACCAUGACCAACUAUGACGAAGCCGCCAUGGCCAUCGCCAGCCUGAACGGCUACCGACUGGGCGACCGGAUCCUCCAGGUUUCCUUCAAGACCAGUAAGCAACACAAGGCAUGAGCGAGCGGGGAGGGGGGAGGGAGGAGCAACCCGCCUGCCGGGAACAGCCCUCUUCCCCGACUCCUCGACAGGAUGGAAAUAUUCAUUGACUCAAUGUUGCCGAAUAUUCAACCGCCAGACACCGUGAUCUUCUCUGGGGGGCAGGAGGCUCUCCCCUCCCUCUCCCUGGUGCCCGACAGCCCCACGGGGCGCACGGACACAGCAAACCGUCAGCCACUCCGGGACGGUCCGACCCUGCUCUGGUAACGCGCAGGGGAGACUUGUCCACUCCGAAUAAAUACGACAUCAUCUCUCUCUGUUUCUAAGCUUGAGGACC